CGUCGGGUAACCAGCAGCAGCCGAAAUCUAACCCCGCCCCCCUAGCGUCAUCACUAGAGAAACAGCGUACGUUAUUCCGGUGUCCUCAUGUGUGGCGGCCAUUUUCUUUUCGUUUCCUUGUCUGAUAGCAGAGAGAGCAGGCCACAGACGCUUCAGCCGCCAUUUUGUUGUAGCCACUUCAAUCACAUUCGCAGCCAGGGUUAAGAAAUUACUGAUAUGAAGGCAGAAGAUAUAGAGGGAGAAGAAGAGACUUAUGUGAGGGGUGAUCAGCAGUGUAAGGAGGAGGAGAUCCCUACACAUAUCAGCACAGAUGGACCCAAUAACAGAGAUACCCCAGAGAGAUGUCCCCGUCCUCUGUAUUCCCAGGAUUGUACAGAGGAGAAUCACAGGAUCCCACAGGAGGAUACGGAUAAACACCUGAGUGAAAUAAAGGUGGAAGUUAAAGAUGAAGAAGAGUUGUAUGUGACUAACAUAAAGAUAGAAGAUAUAGAGGGAGAAGACACGUAUGGUACUGAUAUGAAGGCAGAAGAUAUAGAGGGAGAAGACGAGACGUAUGUGACAGAUAUGAAGGCAGAAGAUACAGAGGUUGAAGAUGAGAUGUAUGUGACUGAUAUGAAUGGAGAAGAGAUUUAUGUCACUAAAAUAAAGGCAGAGGAUAUAGAGGGAGAAGAAGAGAUGUAUAUGAGAGGUGAUCAGCAGUGUAAGGAGGAGGAAAUCCCUACAGAUAUCAAUACAGCACAUGGAUGUAAAAGCGGGAAUAUUUGGACGGAAAAUCUAAUUUUAUCUCCACGUUGUGAAAUAGAACAUAAUGACCUCAAACAAGACUCUCUGGGAGGAACCUCCAUGGGUCCAGUUCUACAUGAAGUUCCUCACAGUGCAUAUGUAUCACCUGUUCCUGCUUAUAAUGAGGACUGUAGUCCUAGUACAUCUAUAACAGCUCUUAUAUGUCCUGAGUGUGGGAAAUAUUUUCCACGGAAAUCACAUCUUGAUAGACAUCAGAGAAGUCACACAGGUGAGAAACCAUUUCCUUGUUCUGAGUGUGGGAAAUGUUUUACACAGAAAUCACAUCUUGUUACACAUAAGAGACGUCACAUAGGUGAGAAACCAUAUCCAUGUCCUGAAUGUGACAAAUGUUUUACACAGAAAUCUGAUCUGGUUAUACACCAGAGAAGUCACACAGGUGAAAAACCGUUUUUCUGCUCUGAGUGUGGGAAAUGUUUUAGACAAAUGUCAAAUCUUGUUACACAUCAGAGCUGUCACUCAGGGGAGAAACCAUUUACAUGCUCUGAGUGUGGGAAAUGUUUUACACGAAAAUCAGUUCUGUUGUUACAUCAGAGACAUCACACAGGUUUAAAGCUAAUUUCAUGUUCUGAGUGUGGGAAAUCUUUUACACAGAAAUCGCAACUUGUUAGACAUCAGAGAAGUCACACAGGUGAGAAACCAUUUCCAUGUUCUGAGUGUGGGAAAUGUUUUACAAAGAAGUCAGAUCUUGUUACACAUCAGAAAUGUCACAGAUGAGAGGCUGUUUUCCAUGAUCUGAGUGUGGGAAGAUUUUUAUACAGAAGUUAGAUCUUGUUAGACAUCACAUAGAUUAGAUAUUCUCAUGUUCUAAUUGUAGGAAAUUACAGAAAUCUUUAAACCAUUCUUUAUUUACACUGAGGAAACUUUGAGUAUUUCAUUAUUUCUGAAAUUAAAACAUCUCAUUGAGCAUGGUAUUCUACCUGACCCGAGCUCUUCAUUGACCUCUGACAUUUCUGUUUCAUGACCCAGAAGACUGAAUGUUCAUAGAUUGCAUUACUGUCCUCAUUGUAGUCUCUUGUUGUUUUUCUUGCUUUUUGGUAUUUUGUAAGGAAAGUUACUCUGCAGCGGGUAUAGCAGUAUUUGGAAUGGGAUCUCCUGAAUGGUAUAACAGUGUGUAGGAAGACACAUGGAACAGUGGCCAAGGUAGUAAUGGAGUGCUACCAUCUAAUAAUAGACCAUAAGGUCUGAGACCUGAUAGAGAAGAUCUUGCCGCCAACCUCCUCCCCUCUAUGUAAUACCUAUUCUAUGCUGCAGGGGGCAGGUGCCCAGAGUAAUGGGAGGAUAUAACAGGGAGGUAUGGGCUAGAGAGAGAGAUAAAACUGCAUUCACACACCGUCGGGACUCAUCACCAAUGAUGGGUAAGGACUGUCCUAUUUGUGGGUGUCCGUGGUGCUCCAGGUGGGGUUUUUAGUAUGUGUAUAUACACUACCUGAACAAACGUAUUUGGCCACACCUGGUAAUUAUUGAAUUCCGGUGUUUCAAUCAGAUCCAUUGACACAGUGUAUAAAAUCAAGCACCUAGCCAUGCAGUCUCCAUUUGCAAACAUUUGUGAUACAAAAUUGGUCGGUCUGAAGAGCUCAGUGACUUCCAACGUGGUACUGUGAUAGGACGUCACCUCUGCAAUAAGAUGGUUCAUGAGAUUUCAUCCCUGCGGGAUUUCCCACGGUCACCUGUAAGUGAUAUUAUUAGAAAGUGGAAGUGUUUAGGAACAGCAGCAACUCAGACACGAAGCAGAAGACCACGUAACACCACAGAGCGGGGUCAACGACUGCUAAGGUGCUUAAAAGUCGCCAACGCUCUGCUGAUACCAUAGCUGAAGAGUUCCGCACUUCACUGCCAUUAGUUUAAGCACAAAAACUGUUCGGCAGGAGAUUAAUGGAAUGGGUUUCCAUGGCCGAGCAGCUGCAUGCAAGACUCACAUCACCAAGUCCAAUGUCAAGCGUCAGAUGGAGAGGUGUAAAGCCCACCGACACUGGACUGUGGAGCAGUGGACACGUGUUCUGUGGAGUGAUGAAUCACGCUUCUCUGUUUGGCAGUCAGGUGGGCCAGUCUGAGUUUGGCAGAUGUUGGGAGAAUGUCACUUGUCUGACUGUAUUAUGCCAACCGUGAAGUUUGGAGGAGGGAUAAUGGUAUGGGGCUGUGUUUCGGGGUUUAGUCUCGGUCCCUUGUCUCUAGUGAAGGGCCAUCUGAAUGCUUCAGUAUACCAAGACAUUUUGGACAAUGCUAUGCUUCCAACUUUGUGUCAACAGUUUGGAGAAGUCCCUUUUCUAUUACAACAUGGCUGUGCAUAAAGCAAGGACUAUAAAGACAUGGGGAUCGAUUCAGACCUGAUCGUUGCUGCGCGCUUUUGCACAGCGGGCGAUUAUCGAUAGAACGCGCAUGCAUAUGCACCGCAAUGCGCACGCGUGUCACCAAACAACAACAGGCAUCGCUGAACAGGGACAGGCUGGUACAAAACUUUCAGUCGCACAGCAAUUCGCAAGCUAAUUGAGAGGAAGCGGGUGGUAACUGACUGUUUUCUGGGAGAGUCAGGGUAAGCACAGGCAUUCCCAAGCGUUUUCAGGGAGGGUGUGUGACGUCCGCUCCGGACCUGAUCAGCCCGUUCUCAUCGCACUGUAGGAGUAAGUCCUGGGCUACGCACACACUGCACACAGUGUUAAAUCAAUAGAUGGUGAGGGUGAUGUGAAUGGAUUUGCAGCUGUCCAGUGACGGAGGGAUAUUUGUAGCACGGCGUACACAUGCAAUUGCACAGGCAAAUUUACACUCCCCUUGGGCGGCGACUAUCUGAACGCAGGACAGCAAAAUAAUCAGCCCAGCGAUCAGUCCUGAAUUAGGCCCAUUGUUUGAGGAGGUUGGUGUGGAAGAACUUGACUGGCCUGCACAGAGCCCUGACCUCAACCCCAUUGAUCACAUCUGGGAUGACCUGGAACAGAGAUUGUGAGCCAGGCCUAGUUGUCCAACAUUAGUGACUGACCUCAUACAUGCUCUACAGAAUGAAUGGGCACAAAUUCCCACAGAAACGCUUCAAAACCUUGUGGAAAGCCUUCCAAGAAGAGUGGAAUCUGUAAUAGUUGUGAAAGGGAGGCCAACACCAUAUUAAAGUAUCUAUAUUUGCGUCUGAAAACUUUUGGUCCAUAUAGUGUAUCUGUGUAUGCAAAUAAACCAUUCUCUGCUACUCUCCCGAGCUCAGAAGAUAAUGCUAUAAAGAUCUAGUUUUUUGAAAAUGUAUAUUCUGUUGUAUGUACUAAUGUAUUUAGAAGUGCUACAUUGUUUUUUUUUUGUGUAGUUUGAUUUCUCUGACUUUCCAUGUAUUAACAUCUACUUUCCAAUAUUGGUAUUCAAGAGACU